UUAUUUCCGCUAGUAAUAAAUUUAUCACCUGCCCUUCACCAGCAGCUCCCAGAAUUAAUUCAGAAUGAGAAACAGUUAAAACAUGUCACAAGAAUAAUAAAAAUAAAUAAAUGCAAACACUAUUUUUAUGUCCUGCAGAGGAUUAUGAUGAUGAUGUGUAUUUUUUUAAAUUUGCCAUUAGAACCUUAGGGACAAAUCAGCUAGCUUCCUGGUUCAGUAUAGUCUUCUUCAUAUCACCUUUACAAUACACUAUGCUAGUAUGAAUGUAAUAGUUUGGCAUUGCUGGCAUGAUGCUACAGUUGGAACAGCUGGUUUGUGACAUCACAAUUUGAUAACUGCACCAGCAUCGCAGAGGCAUUAAUGACUGAAUGAACACUGUAGAAAAGAGCAGGGUUCAGAUCCUUCUCUCUUAAUGGUUAGUUUGGAAAAAUGGUAAACUGCUUGACUGAUGAAGUCCUGAUGUUCCUCGUCUACAGUGCUGCAAAUUUAAAACCACCUGCAAAUUCAAAGCUAAUCUGUGUAAUUUCUUGUAGUUUGGUAGUAUUUUCAAUUUGAAUCCACAAUGCACAAGUCACUGUUGCGUAAGUAUCGCUUCUUCUUUUGCCUGCUUUCUGUGGUACCAGAUUUACGAGUGGGUGGGUAGAGUAAGAGUAUUGGUAGAAUUUGGGGUUAGUGCAAGGUAGUCAUCAAACUCCAUCCUGGUUCUGGCGUCAUACAUCUACAAUAGUUGAGUGCCCGCCCCCCACAUUUAUUGAGAUGCCCUCUUCCCCUCCAGGCAGGUCUGCUAUAGUGAUCUGUGCAGUUGGAGAGCAUUUCUUUCCAUACUGGCCUCAGCUGGUAGGACUAGAGAGCGGUUGACAAGCCAGAGCAGUGUGCUAAAUGAACGAACUAAGAGUUUUAUUCAGUGUAUAGCAGCAUCAUACUUUCCUAUGGUUUGUGAUGUUCAGAAAACUAUAAUACAUUUCAGACUGGAGACCUCAAAUCAAAAUUCCAGGGCAGGCCUCUUGUUGGAGUUCACUUGCUGAAAGUUUGUUUAGGAACUACAAUAAUUGUGCUCCUACUACUCUUCCUGAAGUACCUUUUACACGCAUCUACUAUCACAGGUCUGGUCCCUGGUUUUGUCUGUCUUUAGGGCUGGUAUGUUAAAAUGGAAAACACUGCUGUCAUGGCAAAUCUGAUGCAGAUUUUUUUACAUUGCCAGAAAACCCAAGUUUAGCUCUGAUGGCCUAAUCAUGUAUUAAGGCAGUAAAGAGAUACCAGUUGGGGGAUCCCGGAAGUUGUUUUUUUUUGUUUGUUUACUGUUGUGCUGCUUCUGUCUUUUUCUAUCAUUUUUCAGAGAAGCACCUGAUCUUGAGUGACUCAGUAUUGGUUUUGGACUGUGGUGAAAGUACCAUAAAGCUGUGAGGCUGCAAUCCAAUACAUAUAUUAGCAGAUGUGAAGUCACUGUGGCUCUCCAGAUGUUUCUGGACUCCAAUUCCUAUAGGCCCAGCUGGUAAAACGAAAGAUUGGUGAUGACAGGAAUUAUAGUCCAAUAACAGCUUGGAGGGCUACAGCUGUCUCAGCUCUGGGCUCUAGGAUUGCAGCCAUAAUUAAUUUACUAAGUUCUGCUGAUUUAUUGAUUAUGCUAAGCUUUUUUAUGUGAUAUGAUUGUGCUAGGGAGGCUGUGUCUGCCUGAACAUGCCACCCAGAGAUUGACUUAACAAAGCAUUGCAUAGCACUGUGCUACACAGCUGUUAACGUUUCCCUUUUUUAAAGGGAAAUUCCCUUAUUCCGAAUAGGAUUCCUCGCAAGAAAAGGUAAAAGUUGACAGCUAUGCUGUGCUACUAAUUGCACCUUCCUGCUUAACUUAGCUCACCUUUUGAAUAAGUUUCUUUCCCUUGGCAGGCUGCCACCUGGCUGCUUUUUAUAUUCCGAGAAUGUCUUAUGGCUGGGGAGCAGGUUCAGGAAAAGGCAUCUGUUUCACACCACAGAAACAUUUAUGAUAUUUUAACAAAGGAUGAUAUUCAGGAGGUCAUAUAACGAGGCCGCCCAAUGGAUUGUAAAAGGACUCUCCAAGUAUGAUGGCUACAGAAUCUGGCUUGGCCCUGGGCACAUUGGCCUUUGCUUUCUUUGUACCGCUGUCAGUGGCUUCUCAUGAGGCAGUGACCAUUCCCGAAGCCCUGAUGACGGCUUCAGGAAGAGUUGUAGUCAGUUCCACAAGCUGCAGCGUCACCUGUGGGCUGGGUUACAAGGAAGAAGAGUCAUGCGAGAUUAGGCCUGAUGGGCAAAGGAGAGGCUGCAAACGGCGGAAGGUGGACUGUUUGAACAGUUGGAUCUGUGGGAUGCGGCACUUCACCGCCCUGGUGGGCAGGCCCUUCGAGAUCAGCUGCCUAACCACUGCGGAGAUAGGUCCCGACACCCAGAGCUUCAGCUACACAUGGAGGCUGGCCCGAGGCAUCAUCACAACAGACGAUACUCUCUUUGCCCCUUUCAAGAAUCCUGGCUUUGUCAUUAAGCUUUACCCCGCCGAGGAAUACGAUGCGGGGACGUACAGGUGCGAUGUGCAGUUCAUGAAAAACUACAAGGUUGUCAAGAGAAUCUACUUUGGACUUCGCGUGAUCCCCGGCGACAUGGUGGAUUUGAAUUUUGACAAGUCCUUAACGCUGGGACAGCAAUCAGAAAGUGAAAAUAACCAACAGAACGCCACCAGCAUGCCAGCCCAAGGUCGGUGGGGCUCUUGGCGCCAGAGGGCUGUGUUUGUGUUUCUGGUUGGCAUUGGAAGCGGCUUGGUGCUUGGGGCUGUGCUGCACAGCCUUCUCUACUGUGUCCUGUGCCCCAACCCCCAUGAAAACGAUGAACGUGAUGGGGAAUGAGAUGUGCUGUUUCGUAGACUUGCUAUAUUAGAUUGCUCUUGUACAUUACAAUUUCACUAUGUUAAUCUUAUCAUUUCAGGCUUAUGAAGAUCAUUUGGUGACAUUAAUCAUAAACAUAGUUCCAUUUGAUUUAUUAGAGAGUAAUAAAAUUCCAUCCUGUGCCUUAA